CGCCGCGUGGGCGUGGCUAUCCGCUUCGCCGUAGCCCCAGGUCACCACGAUCUCCCCGGUCACCACGAUCUCCCCGGUCUCCACGGUCCCCGCGGCCCCGCGACCCUAGGCCAUGGCCCCCGCGGCCGCCAGCCCCCCGGAGGUAGUCCGUGCGGCGCAGAAGGACGACUACUACCGCGGCGGGCUGCGGAGCGCGGCGGGCGGCGCCCUGCACAGCCUCGCGGGUGCGAAGAAGUGGCUGGAGUGGAGGAGAGAGAUUGAGCUGGUGUCGGAUGUCGCCUACUUUGGCCUCACUACACUGGCAGGUAGCAGCCCCUGGCAGGACCUCAAGGCCCACAACGCACGCCGAGCCCAGAGGACAGGAGAGGGGCUGCCAGCAGAGCUACCAGACCCUCGGGGAGGAGUACGUCAGCAUCGUGCAGGUGGACCCGACCCAGGGCCGAGUGCCCUCGAGGUUGCGCCGCGGCGUACUGGUGGCGCUGCACACCGUCCUGCCCUACCUGCUGGACAAGGCCCUGCUCCACCUGGAGCACGAGCUGCAGGCCGAUGGCGACGGCGCCUGGCCCUCGCGGGGCAGCCAGGCCCCCGGUGCCCGUGGCCAGUCGGGGGCAAGGCGCUGGGUGCGCCGGUGCGCGGCCGCCCUGACGGAGCAGCAGCAGGGGGCGCUCCUGCGGGCUGUGUUGGCGCUCAGGCAGGGCCUCGGGUGCCUCCAGCGUCUCCACGUCGCCUGGUUCGACAUCCACGGCGCCUUCUACCACCUGGCCAAGAGGUUCACGGGCAUCACCUACCUCCAUGUCCGCUACCCGCUCGCAGAGGACCCUCGGGCCCGUGCCAGCUACAGGCUGCUGGGGCUCGUGUCCCUGCUGCACCUGGCACUGGCUGCGGGCCUGCAGCUCUACGGCUUCCGGCAGAGGCAGCGCGCCCAGAGGGAGUGGAGGCCGCAGCGUGGCCUGUCCCACCACAGGAGCUACGCAGAGGAGAGAACAGUUUCCAGAACCUCACUGUGCACCCUGUGCCUGGAGGAGCGCAGGUACUCGACAGCCACGCCCUGCGGCCACCUGUUCUGCUGGGGCUGCAUCACCCACUGGGCCGACACCAAGAUGGAGUGUCCCCUCUGCAGGGAGAAGUUCCUCCCCCAGAAGCUGGUCUACCUGCGGCACUACCGCUGACCCGACGGAGGGAGGAACCCAGGAGUCUUUCCUGAUGUCGGGAGGAAGUUUAUUCUCAAGGUUGACAAGUUGACUUUACUUGCACAGAAAUCGUGAAACUCUCAAGUCUCUUAUUCUUUGUCACAUAAGAUACCGUGCCAGCCGCCAGGGAGGACAGGCGCUGGACCUGGACCUGGCGGUGAAAUGGCUUCUGGGCAGGGCCUGCAGGGCUGCCAGCCAGACAGCUCAGCACUUAAACAGAACUUCCCUCCCUUCCCCAAACCGGUCAUUUAUAUCCAACACCAGGCACACAGUGAGGGCAGGGCCAGACGGGCCAGGACUGAGCAGGCGCCGAGAACCAGCAGUGUGCCUUCCCAGCGUGGUCAGCCUUCCAGCCCAAACGACCCACAAACCUUAACCCUUGUCACCAGAGCUGGCUUUUGGGGCGAGGGGGCACGGCCCUUCCCGGAAAGCAAGGAGCCGUGAUCGCCCCCUAACACAUUUGGCAGGUGCCUUCUAAUAAAUGUCAAGUUUGUUUCCCGUUUUAGAAAAUGGAGGGCUUCCCUGGUGGCGCAGUGAUUAAGAAUCCGCCUGCAAAUGCAGGGCACACGGGUUCAAGCCCUGGUCCGGGAAGAUCCCACAUGCCGCGGAGCAAGCCCGUGCGCCCCAGCUACCGAGCCUGCGCUCUAGAGCCCGCGUGCCACAGCUGCUGAGCCCGUGUGCAACAACUACUGAAGCCCGCACGCCUAGAGCCCGUGCUCCACAACGAGAGAAGACGCCACAAUGAGAAGCCCGCGGCACCGCAACGAAGAGUAACCCCUGCUCACCACAACUAGAGAAAGCCCGCGCUCAGCAACAAAGACCCAACGCAGCCAAAACUAAAAAAUAAAUUUUAAAAAUAAAA